CUAUUCGGGUUAUGAAAAUGAUUUGUAGGUUCUAGGGCUCUUUUUUAUAAGUUAAGUUAAGCCGAUCGACGAAAACAUUCUUCCUUUCCUCCAAGUUUCACUUGUUUCAGCAAGAGAAUGUUUAAAGCUGUCAGAGGAUCAGGAAGUAGAGGAGAAGACAGAAUCUCCCAACUUGCUGAAGAAAUCAUUCACUCCAUCCUCAAUCGCCUGAAAUCUCCAGAGGAAGCUGCUAAGACCAGCGUGCUGUCGAGAAGAUGGCUCCAACUGUGGCGACGCUACCCUUUCUUCGAGUUCCCGCUCUCAAAAUCAAGCACCAAGUUCCGCAGCUUCGUCGCCUCCAGUUCCAGGAAACUGCUGGCUUCGUCGUCCUCGACUCCUGACUCGGAUCACAGUUGGUGUGCAGCGAUUCAGGAUUUCAGAAUCUCGGUUCAGGAUGAUGGUUUUGAGAAGGAGGAUCUCGACCGGUUGCUCUCGUUAAUCGCAGAUCACGCCGAUGGAUUAUUAUUAUUAUCUCCAGUUAAGUUUGUGCUCCGUGUCGACCCAUGGAGAACUCGUCCCUCCUAUAGUUUGCUGCGCGUUCCGAAUUGGAGCCGCACAAAAUCCAUCACUCUCAGUGGCUGCGAUCUCGGCAAUCACGAUAAUUGCAGUAACGGUUUGGCUUCUCUGGGCAACCUUGAGAGCCUCCGCCUGGAAGUUGUCCAUUUCAGCGAACGACUUCUCCAUGGUUUUCUGGAUAAUGCUCCUCGCCUCGUGAAGUUAAAAUUGUGGGGAGUUUAUUGGAUUGACAGGCUGGAGGUGGUCUCUUCUCCUCGGCUCCGAUCAUUGGGAUUGAGUUACAUCUAUAGAAGCAAAAACCGCUCCGAGAGAAUGCGCAGGCUAAGGAUUUCGUCUCCAGAGCUCAAGAUGUUGUCGAUGGCGUGUGGGACGUUGGAGGAGCUUGAGAUUGAUGCUCCUGAUCUGGUUAGUCUCUCUUGGGCCGUUAAUUCUUGUGGCCCCGUCACCAAGGUUAAUAUCGUCAAUUUGGCAUCUAGUUGCCGGUCCACAAUUCGUGUGGUUUCGCCGUCGCUGAGUGAAUUUUCACCACAGUGGUUGAGGAUGUCCCUCUCCACCGCAUUCAGUCAAUUCCACCGUCUGGACUUGGUUCUCGGUUUCUCUAUAUACUUAGCACGACGACAAUAGGUAACGUACUAUUAACUCCAUCUUCAAUCCCAAAAACUACAUAUCUGUCUCCCUUUAUCCAUAAACCAUACAAUAAUAAGUUUUCCCAUUUCUUCUCUUUGAUAAAAAAAAACUCUAGGAGUGGUUUGAUUUAAGCCAAGCAGAAUAUGGUUCCGCACCACGAGCGAUUGAUCAAGUGGAAUUUGAGGCAAAGUGGUCGUACAUUCCUAACAAUGAUGUAGCUGCGCGGUUUUUGGAGAUUUUCUUUUCAAUAUGUCAUCCUGAAUUCAUGUCGAUCAAUGUUUGUCACU